AUGUUAUUUUGCCAAUGCACACUCUAUGUUGUGGGUGCGCUCUAUUCGUUAACACAAGUUGCCUACGGUAUUGAAAUUACAAGGAAUAUGACAGUUAAUAUGUCCACGAUUGACACAGACGUAAUAGUCGACACCGGGUUUGGUGUCUCGUUUCUAAGUCAAGGGACUGUACCAAUUUCAAUGGAUGGUGAUAUAACUAACAGCGGUGUCUUUUGCCUUGGUUUAACCAAUUUUGGUACCAUUUCCUCUGAUAGCAUUACAAACAACGGUCAGAUGUUUCUACAAACUGAGGAUAUUGCGGGCUCAAAAGGUUUCCAGGCCACAAACUUAUUGAAUAAUGGGUUGCUAUCUUUUACACCUAGUAGUAUUGGUAAUAUCUCGAUUACCGGAAGCUUUAUCAACAAAGGUGUGGUUUAUAUUAAUAAUCCUGGUGGACCUGUUGCGCUUGAAGGACCUACAGGUGGGAUUGUUAAUGAUGGUGUCGUAAAAGUUUACGGUGGACCUGUGUCAGAGUACAUAUCGUUUUCGGGCAUUGUUGGAACAGGUUGUAUUUAUUUCUAUUACAGCUACUCGCCGAAUAUCGAUCUUUCUAAACCAUUUAACCAAACAAUAUACGCACCAAUAAAUUUGUGGAUGUCAUUUACGGGACCGCAACUUGCAGAAUCUAUUCCGGUGGUGAGACUUCCCCCGGACACUUAUGCAUAUCUACUAGUUGGUCCACAAAUUUACCAGGUACCAACAUAUACUUAUAAUAAUGUCACUGGUAUGCUACAUAUAACUGUUCCAACAGGGUCUUUUAUUUUUGAUGUAGGUCUCAAUUUGAAUUCAAGCCAGUUUUAUGCCGGUACAUGCAAAAAUAUUGGAGUUGGAACGCCCUGUAUAAAGAUACAGUCUAAUUCUAAUGCAGAAAUGCCAUCCAAUUGCCAAGCAAGUAUUGACGUAGACAAGGUAACUACUAACCUUUGCCCUGUUCAAAAAGCUCUCCCUGCACCUUUAACCACCAAAGCUUCAUAUGAGGGCAAUACUAUAACCAAGAUAGUGUCUUAUGAGACAACCUUGGAUUCUGAUGGACUGCCAAAUACUCUUACUACAACGGAAUAUUUUAUCCCAUCGUUUAGUCUACCAUCUCCAUACACUACUACUGUAACCAAUGGCUUGCUGACACAAACAGAAGUAGUCAGCUAUUUUACCACAACUGGGUAUCUUCCAAACUUACCUGAAUUGACAACCCUUCCAUACCUAGGGACCACAACUUCGACAAUCAGUGUUCCAUUUUCGAUACCACAUCCGUAUACUAGCACGUUUACUGAUCUUAACAUGACAGUGUCGGAAAUUAUUUCAUAUUAUUCCACUCUGAGUAACGGCAGACCUGCCACAGGCACUACCACCAAGACUUUAACCGCAACACGCUAUAUAACUACAACAACAACAGAUUAUCCAAUGGGUACGACACAUAUUAGCAAGGAUUACACAUCAGAAGGUACGUGGUCCAGUUCAGUGACCUAUUCUACUGCAGUGGAGACGUACAUUAUUAAAAUCUUGUCCACGGGGACAGGAAUGGAAACUCUAUCUACAAUUUAUUAA